GAAAUAGGUCGAUAGUUUCCACAGUCUAAUUUUUCACCUGAUUUAUAGAUAGGGGUAACCUUGGCGACUUUCCAAUCUUCUGGAAAAAUUCCAGUACUUAACGAUAGGUUGAAUAGAUGAUUUAGGGAUGGUAUUAUGCUGUCGCCAGCUUCCUUGACCAAUUUUGUAGAUACGUUAUCAAGACCUGGUGACUUGUUAGUUUUGAGGUUCUUAACCACUUUUAUUAGCUCAUCAUAGGUUAUGGCAUGAAAUUCAAAUGUGGGUUUAUAUUGUGCAGCGAUAAGGUGACCUCUGUGAAUACUGAUUGUGCGAUCACAUGUUUUUGUUGAUUUCCUUGCGUAGGGUGCGUCGCGAGUGGUAGUUAUGCUUCUCCACCAAUUGUGCUCAACGUAAUAAUUGGAGUUUGUUGCUUCCUGCUACGAAGCAGGGUACGCGUCUCAAAGCUUGUUCGUAGUCUUUGUCAUGUUGCUGAAAAUUUAUUCCAAUUAAAUGACUUUGUUUGAAAUGUUUGGAACUGGGAGUAUAUUUAGAAAGGUAUUCAUCACUAUUCAAAACGGCCGUUGAAGCUAAAGGUACGCGGUUUACACAAUCAUAUAAAAAGCCAAUGCUGCCCGAAUCACAAAUUUUAGCAACCUGGCUGGUAAUGGCAAACGAUUCUACCUUAGUGUAAACGUUUUUAGAUUCCCUCCAGUGAAAGUUCCAAAUGUAUUAGUCUUGGCAUUUCAUAGCAAUGAAGUUACACACUUUUGCCUAUACACUGAACAUAAAUUACCGAAAAAUGAAUUAAAUCGAAAUAAAUCCAUCAAUAUAUUACAUUAGUCAUCGCCGUAAUCAAAAUAAUCAAUCAUUUGUAGCGCCUUGAUGGUUAGGAAAUUUGAGGUAAAAAUCAUCAAUGGCCAUUCUCAUGAUUGAAAGAACAAUUAUAGCAGACUUUGCAACAACUUCUGCCUCUGGACAAAAAGUUCCUACAAGAUUUAACACCGUUGUUUCAACAUCAAGACUCAACGCACUGAUGCACGACACUUCAUAGCUUGACCAUGCAUACCCGGGCAGAUUUGGCGAAUAAACAGGCAUCAGUCACGCCGGGUCAGCAAGAUCGAAAAUCAUGCCAUCGAGUUGGACUUUGGAAAACAGUUAUUGGUUCCUGAUUUUAUUAAAAUUUAACUUGCUAAGUUCAUCUAUGUCUUGUUUGAUGAAAUAAAUGUCAAAAGCAAGUCCCACCCCGGGAAUGUCUCCAAGCAACUUCCCGACUCCUUUCUCCGUGAACCUUUCAAUCUUUCUUGCCAACAUUUUGGCGACAUACUGAUCAAAUGUCUUCCGAUUUUCUUUGUGAGCUCGUUGAGACAGGUUACACUUCCAAGUGUAUGAGCAGAUUGUGCCAACGAAAAACCGCUCUGGACGUGGUCACCAAUCGAAAAAGAGUUUAUCGUUGAAAACACUGAAAAUAUCAAACCAUGAACAGCCAGCUCUUUGUUUAUUUUGACACUGGCCUUGGUUGCUCCCUCAGCACGUGAUUUCUAAUGUGUUCUUUUAUGAGUGUGGGCAUGACCAGUUCGAUAGAAUUCAGUGAAACUUCUACAUGACUUCUUUUCGUGGCAUGUUGGGUAUCAACUGCAUCAAACUCAAUGUUGCCGUCUUUGAAUUCAACGAAAUUUUCGUCGACGGUUUUUGGCGUUCAGAAAACAAGAAAGACGUGUUUUUAAUCGCGUGCUGCUUGCUGGUGACGCCGCUGUCUUUUUCUCGUUGGAAAUUCGGAUUUGCUGAAAACAUCGCCAAAUUUCUUUUCUUCCAUCACAUCGUGAAGAUUAUUAAGUUUACCGGACUUCGGCCUGCCUUUCCUUUAAAAUUUGCAAGGUUCUUUUUUCAGUGAUCGAAGUUGUUAUCACAUACGCUUUUGAACAUGACCAACACAUUCAAGUUUGGAUACCUUAAUAUCGUUAUAUACAUCUUUUUCGGUUACCGUAUUGAAAAAGUAGAACAGUUUCUUUUCAAGACAGCUUUUACAUCAGAGCUGCAAAUGUGUGGAACACGCUUCGCUGCUUCAUAAGAAAUACCACCACAUCUCCAACUACAUUUAAAUUUAUUCCAGUCAUUUGUAAUUAGUACUCUAUAGAUAUAUUGCAGUGGCAAACUUGUAAAAUAAAAUAAACAGACAAACAAACAAACACACACACACACACAAUGCCAAUUACAGUGGGUCCUUUGUUAGAUUACAACAUAAUAUAUACAUCACCGUUCACCUGAUUCAGCAGCAUCAAAAUACCAAGUUACUCGCCAUAUUCCUCUAAUUAGUGUUACCAAUUUCGUAUCAAAUAAAACAGAAAGCUUGUGUGACUUAGUGAAUUUAUCUUUUCUGCUCCAGUCCUUUUCGCCAAGCGAUAAAGACACAAAAAGUCCAAGGUGUAGCAAAACAAACACCAUCUUUUCUAAGUCCUGUUUUUAGCUUCGAAUUCAUUGAUUUUCACAAAUAUGAAAACUGAUUUUCAUACAAUUGUGUUCUCGUCUUCUCGUUUCUCUUAUGAGUUUGAGCAUGGCCAGUUCGAAAGAAUUCAAUGAAAUUUUUACACGACUUCUUUUCGUGGCAUGUCGUGCAUCAAAGAUCAAGCUCGAUGUUGCCAUCUUUGAAUUCAAUGGAAUUUUCUCGACGGUUUUUUGUCGUUAAGAAAUAAAGAAUCAGUUUUUUAGACAUGUUUUUGAUCGCGUGCAGCUUGCUGGCUACGCCGCUGUUUUUAUUCUUUCUCUGAGAGUCGUUUUAUCGUGCUCUAAAGCUACAAGUUUCCGUAAAGUAAAACCUGCGACAAGUGUAUCUUGCUUCCUGAGAAAUAAAAAAGGACAAAUGUUUGUUCCUCCUUUUUUGUCGUUGGAAAUUCGGAUUUGCUGAAAACAUUGCCAAAUUUCUUUCCUUCCAUCACAUCGUGAAGAUUAAGUUUAACAAAUUUGUCCAUUCCUGGACUUCGGCCUGUCUUUCCUUUAAAAUUUGCAAGCUUUGGAAAAGAAUCAUCUUGCGGGAAUUUGUUGGUUUGGCAGAUUGUUUUCGCCAGAUCUUUCACAAUUGAACGCUUAAACUGGUUUGUUGGUUGCGCACCUUCUGCUGUUAGCGUGACCAGCAUAAACUCCACCAUGGCUCGAAUGCUGUCUUUUCGGAGGAAGUCUUCAAUGUGAGGUUCAUUUGAAAUAUCAUUCAGCGCAAAACGCAAGUUCAUUUGGUAAACGAAAAUGUGGUUAUUUCAAAUAACCGAAGCAGAUAUUUUGGUUAUAUGAUAUAAUAAAACUAGAAAUACAUGCAUGCAACAACGCCUCGCCUAUAUUUUCCAAACAUUGUUUCAACAUGAAGUAUUCGUAAUUACGCCAACACUGAACGGAGGGUCGCGUUGCUGACGUCAUAUUAGCCCUGGCAACACAAUCUCACAAUAAUUGUUUUUCAAUUUGUAUGUACAAAAGUACAAAACUGCAAAAAAUAAAUGAAACUUGAACACUUUUAAACAGAACUAUCAAUUUCUAAAAUAUAUAAAGUAGGUA